AUGCCUCCUCCAACUGCUCCCAUCCCUCCUCCUUCUCUAGCUAUAGCUUCACCUCCGGCUCCUGCUCCAGCUCCAGCACCAACGCCAACACCUUCAACGAAGGUCCCGCAGAAACGACACUCCCCUUCCCCCUCCGCCUCCCCCUCACCACAAAUGAAACCAGACCCAGAAGCAGUAGGAGUAGUGCAACCAGAACCCGCGCCCUCACUGUCCCUUGCACAUGCUUCAAAUUCAAAUUCAAAUCCAGAUCCAUCUCCCAAACGCCAACGAAAACGCUACCAUCAUUACCACUCUCUCCACCACCGCUUCACCCACAACCUCCCCGACGACGCGCUGACAGCUGACUCUGCAGUCGAUACACUGCUAAACCUAUCCAUAGGCCUGCUGCUGCUCCAGAGCGGGUUUACGCAUGCGGAACCUGUGGCAUUGGACGGGUUGAGGAGAGGGGUUGAGGAGUACAUGCUACACUUCCUAGCGUACACGCGCCAAUCCAUGGCCUCCUGCCGGCGCACGCAGCCCAUUCCCAUCGAUUUCCAGCACGCGCUGCUCUAUGCCAAUAUUCCCGUUGACUCACUCCGAGCAUAUCUCAAACUAACUAUGCCGACUCAUCCGGCAGCGGCAGCGGAGGGAAUAAUAACAAUACCAGCAACCCUCCCCUCCCCGCCACCCUCCUCCCCACCACCGCACACCAAUCUCCCCUUCCUUGGUCCCGAACUCAUCUCUCCAACCUCCAUUGACCACGACAGACAGGACCAAGGAGCAAUACGAACGCAUAUUCCCAAACACUUCCCUACGUUUCCCAGCAAGCACACGUACCAGGAGACGCCAAUGUAUAUCACGCGUGAAACGGAUCCGAGGAGGAUUAGGGAGAAGGCGACGGAGGAAGGAAGGUUGGGGGAAGAGGCAUUGAGAAGGUUGGCGAGGGUCGCGAAGGAGUGGAGUGGGAGUGGUUCUGGUGCCGAUGGUGGAGGGGAGUAUAGGGAGAACAUGCUUUGGGGGAGGAAGGGGGAGAGUGUGGAGGGGAUGUUUGAGAAGACUGUUAAAGCGGUUUCGAGGGGAGUGGUGAGGAGGGAAGAGCAACAGCAACAGCAAGGCAACGACAUGCUACACUUCCUAGCGUACACGCGCCAAUCCAUGGCCUCCUGCCGGCGCACGCAGCCCAUUCCCAUCGAUUUCCAGCACGCGCUGCUCUAUGCCAAUAUUCCCGUUGACUCACUCCGAGCAUAUCUCAAACUAACUAUGCCGACUCAUCCGGCAGCGGCAGCGGAGGGAAUAAUAACAAUACCAGCAACCCUCCCCUCCCCGCCACCCUCCUCCCCACCACCGCACACCAAUCUCCCCUUCCUUGGUCCCGAACUCAUCUCUCCAACCUCCAUUGACCACGACAGACAGGACCAAGGAGCAAUACGAACGCAUAUUCCCAAACACUUCCCUACGUUUCCCAGCAAGCACACGUACCAGGAGACGCCAAUGUAUAUCACGCGUGAAACGGAUCCGAGGAGGAUUAGGGAGAAGGCGACGGAGGAAGGAAGGUUGGGGGAAGAGGCAUUGAGAAGGUUGGCGAGGGUCGCGAAGGAGUGGAGUGGGAGUGGUUCUGGUGCCGAUGGUGGAGGGGAGUAUAGGGAGAACAUGCUUUGGGGGAGGAAGGGGGAGAGUGUGGAGGGGAUGUUUGAGAAGACUGUUAAAGCGGUUUCGAGGGGAGUGGUGAGGAGGGAAGAGCAACAGCAACAGCAAGGCAACGGUGGGGAUGAGAUUGGGUUGGCGUUGGGAUCGGGAAGUGGAGUUGGAGGUGAACCGAUGUCAUCAUCGGAGACUGCAAGGGGGAGCAAUAUGAAGCCAUCGAUAACGCCGCCGGUUGUGAGGCUGGAUCUCAGUCCGGUGGUCAAUUGUGAUAGGGCGUAUUGGCGGAAGGUGACGAGGCCGGAUGUCAGGGGGAAGAUGGAUGGAGUUGGAAUCGGUGGUGUUGUUGGGAACAAGAAGGGGAGGGGUGGGAAGGCGGGUGUUGUGGGUUGA